AAUAGAUUCAUCAACCACAAACGUCCACCCAACUUUCCUACCCUCAUCUUCAAUACAUCCUGAGACCUCCGACCUCUCCCUGCAUACUUCAAGAUGGGUUCAGACCCCCAAUAUGCGAAGUAUCCUCUCCUCCCUCUUGCCCAGCACAUCUUCACUCUUACCAAUCCCUCCGCGCCGAAAGCAAUUCAGCAAACCUCCCUAAAGAGCCUUCAAGAUGCUAUUACCGAGCAUAAGAUGGCUCCGCUCUAUCGAUACCUAGCACAUCCUGUUGAAGGCAUCCUCAAUGCAACAGGCGAAACCUCGUCGAAGGCUACGCCGGCGCCUCUGGGACGGAAACCAAGUGCGGCUGGCAUGGUGGCGAGCAAGCACUCCAUACCCAAGAUCGACUUGCCGUGGGAUGAAGCUUUAUAUGAGAAGCUGAAGAAGGACAAUGAUGAGGAGUUGGAGGGGUUCAAGAAGGAGGAAGAAGAGGCAGCAGAGAAGGCUGGAGAAACAGAAGUCCAAGCUGCAAGAGGCAAGAGAGCGGAGUUCUGGGCACGAGUUGGUGAUAAGGAUCGAGCUAUUGCCGCAUACGAGGAGGUGUUUGAGAAGACAGGUGUUUUGGGAACAAAGAUUGACCUGGUUCUUGCUAUCAUUCGAAUGGGACUGUUCUACGGGGACAAAUUACUGGUCAAGAAGCAUGUCGAUCGAGCAAAGACUCUGGUUGAAAGUGGAGGAGACUGGGACCGAAGAAAUCGAUUAAAGGCAUACCAGGGCCUGUAUCUUCUUAUGGUUCGAUCCUACUCCUUGGCCGCUCCUCUCCUCCUUGACAGUCUUUCGACCUUCACGAGCUACGAACUCUGCACAUACUCAUCCCUCGUUGUUUACUCUGUCCUGGCUGGGUCUGUGUCGCUGAAACGAGUGGACUUCAAGUCAAAAGUCGUCGAUGCACCCGAGAUCAAGGCUAUCUUAGGGGAUGGCGAAGACAAGCUUUUGGCUCUUUCGGGAGCGCUGUCAGCUGGUCCUGGAGCCGAUGAGGAGAUGAAGGAUGUCUCAUCAGCUACUCCAUCGACUACUAAGACAGCCGUCAAUCUUACAAACCUUGGAAGUGACCAACCCGAAGCCGAGGCAGCAGUCAAUUUCUCCCCAUUAGCACAACUUGUCGGCAGUCUGUACACUGGAAGCUAUCGAUCCUUCUUCGGUGCCUUGGCAGCCGUUGAGGUCAACUUCCUGACUCAAGACCGAUAUCUCUAUGAGCACCGUGGAUGGUUUGUCCGGGAGAUGCGUCUUCGUGCUUACCAACAAUUACUGCAAAGCUACCGGGUUGUCGGCCUCGAGAGUAUGGCAAAUGACUUUGGAGUUUCUGUGGACUUCUUGGAUCGUGAUCUUGCAAAAUUCAUUGCAGCCGAGAGAAUCCCCUGUACCAUUGACCGCGUGACUGGAAAAGGCAUCAUCGAGACAAACAGACCAGACGACAAGAACAAGCAGUACAAUGACGUUGUGAGACAAGGCGAUCAACUUAUCACCAAGCUUCAAAAAUACGGCCAGGCUGUAAGGUUGAGGGGCAGCGAGCGUGCAUAGAGGAAGGCGUUGUGGUGUGGGCACGAACUAAUACCUUCUCGCAAUGCAUUUGUACAAUAUCACGGCGAAUAGAGCAGAGCAGCGUCUUUGCAUGAGAAGAUCUAGUCUUCAAUCUUGACGUCUGUAUUGAGUAUGGAAGCGGCUAAAGACUAAACUAUCGACGUCUCUUGCAGGGUUACCUUCAACGUUGUACUCUCUUUUCUUUUUCUUACAGCAGCGGUCACUUUCUGUCCGGUUGACCCCUGCCCGAUUUGUACAACCCCCUCCUAGGCGAGGAACGACUUUAGGACGAGGUAUAAAGCUGCAAACGGAACCGGGCAUAUUUGAAGAUGUCGUUCAACAGAAUCUCGGACAUGUUGCGGGAAGACUGCCAUCACCUAUCAGGCAUCUGUGGUACCACUGCACAAACGCAACCUCCUCGUUCCUAGUCUCAUUUCCAAACAAGCUU